AUGGUCGCCUCUAAGAUGAAACAGCAAAUGGAGGCCAAAAUUACAAAGGCGGCCGAGGAAAACAAUAUGCUGAAAGGCCAACUGGAAGAAUCUUGCCAGCAGAUCCAGAAACAAUCAUCUCAGCUCCAAGCCUACAAGUCCCGCAUGGAAACAUGGAGGUCGAAGUUUGCGAAGUUUAGAAGCUUCUUGAAUGAACUUGGCUGCGACUUUCAGAAUUUACAACAUAAACGAGGUGAACUUUCAAAGGUGGAGAGCCAAAACGGCCUGCUCAAGCAAAGUCUGAAAGAUGCCGAGGAAAGAUCGAAUUACCUUUUGACGCAGCUGUCGGAUGAGAAGAAACGAUCAAGUCUUCUUGAAGUCUACAUACAAAAUUGUGCCAAAGCUCAGUCCACCAAAUUGGACAAGAUCAUGUCUCAUCAACACAUUAUCCACGCCUUCGCAGCACGCAUGGACUCGGCGAUGCACCAGCUGGAUGCUGGUAUCGCAAAGGGGGCCGAGGCAACUGCAGGCCUGACCGAGAGUCUGAAAGCACAGACUGAGAUUAUCGGGAAGCAUGUUGUCAACGAAAAUCAGCUAGUGGCAAAGAUUUCGAAAGAUUCAGAAACUAAUGAGAGUUUGCGAAACGCGCUUCGAGAAUUGGCGGCCGCCAAUGAGGACAUAAACGUCUCAAUGAAGGGGCUAGAGGCGAGAGAAAGCGGUCUUCUCGAUCAAUUUACAGCUCUGGAAGCCAGUCUAUCGGCGAUGCAGCUACCAGACCAGAGACAAAUUUUAAAAGAAGAGACUCAACAGUUUGAGCAGACACUUGCCGAAAUGGAAAGAAAGAUCCAAGGUUUGUCGGAACAGUCCAAGUUGGCCGAGGAAGCCUUGAGAAACAAGGAUCUUGAAAAUCAGGCAUUGAGAGGAUCGCUGGAAAUUGCAUCAGCAAAGGUGGAUGAUGACGAUUGUCGCAUCCGGAGGUACGAAGCGGAAGUAGCAACACUGAAGGAUGAGGUCAAGUCGGUGGAGGCAAGGGUUCGUAAAGAGCUCAGUAGAGCUAGUGUUAUCUCCCGAGAACAGGAUCGGGCAAGAUACGACCAGCGAAUCCAUGAGCUCCUACGAGGGAAAUCCGAGGUUGAGAGAAAUUUCAGCAAGGUGUCCAUGCAGUUGGCUGAGACACGACGAGACCGAGUAAUGCGCGAAGACAUGAUGAAGCAGCGAGUGAACGAACUGGAACUCCUGCUUGGGUCCAAAGAAAAGGAGAAUGAGUGUCUCAAAAAUGACCUAUCUGAGAAAACAUCCAAGCUAGAAGAGGAGAAGCACGAAUCAGCAAGACUUACAGAGGCCGUGUCAUUGAGCGCGGCGGAGCAGACAUCUCUUCAGCAUCAGAUUGAAGAAGAUGCUCACCGGAUUUCAAGUCUUGAGGAUGAAUGCUCCAGAAUCAGCAAAGAGGGAUCAAAGUCGAUCGAGGAUUUUCAAAGCAAAAAUGACAUGCUCUGCAAGGAGUUGCAGAGAAAGGAAGAUGAGUGUGUUCUUAUCCAGUCACAGCUCAAGGCUACGAUGUCAGAAAAGGCGGGCCUCGAAUGCAGCAAAGGGAAGGCGGCAGAAGAGAUAAAAUCACUACUCAGAAGGGUCCAGAAUUCCGAGAAGUGGAUGAACAAACUGAAAGCAACGCUGGGUCAAGCGGGCCUUGUCACACCUGAUCAGCCAGCCUCGGAAGCAUGGAGCAGCCUAGAAACUACUUUGCGCACAGUUAUUAGCAGACAUGCCGCCCGCGACUCCCCGGACCCAUCUCCUGGUGGAAACCAGGGCGUUGGUGGCUCAAAGGCUCGAAGUUCUACUCUAGAACAGGAUGUCUACAAAGCUACAGAAGUGAUCUACAAAGCAGAAAGCUUUCAAGCAAGCAUUAUCUCUUCGCCCUUCCCAGCAAAAGCUAACCCGACAGAAAACGACGCCGCAAAACAGCCUUUCUGCUCCGCGCAGAACCCCAAUAUUGUACCUUUUUCAAGCUUCCGCCAACGGUCACCGAUAGAUAGUUCUGUCUUCGGUAAUGAUCAGGAUGACCUUGCAGCUAUGCUACUUCUUACUUCAGAGCAACAGGCUCCGAAUGAGGUCCAUUCAGUUAGCAAGCCUGAUGAAGCCCAAUCGACAGGAGCAGCCAGGGUCGCUGCACAAGAAGAAACACUUCUGCGAACGAAAACCGCUGGUACGUCAGCCAAGAGCAAAGUGCUUCAGCCAGAUCCUCAAGACAUGAAUGACGAGAAGGCACUCGAAACGAAGUGCAGCAGUAAAGAGAAAGAAACUAGAUCUAAAGGCGUCACUUUCGAGGCACAGAGUACGACAUCCCCAGGGCAGAAACGUAAAUCAUCGGCCGGAAGCAACCUCAGUCCAAGGAUUUGGCAGAGCCAGUCCAUAGAGGACAGACCAGCCCGUCUCAAUCGCCGCACAUAUGCCAGGGCUCGUCAACCCGUGUCUCGGACACUGGCAACCCUAGAAGAACAGCCGACCUGUCCCCCUAGUAAUGAGCUUGCUGAUGGAGCUGCGCAUGCCACCGCAUCUUGCUCCACUGGAAACAAACGAGCAAAGGUUUCUGUGGAUCAGAAGCCACAAACAAAGCCCGUCAGCGAGUACUUCGAGCGCAAGCCAACCCCCAAGAAGCUUGCUUCCGGAAGCAGCAGGCCUUCUUCGAUUAAUGCCAGCCAGGGGACCAAUCCACAGCGAGCAGCUAGAGGCAGGGUAGCAGGGCGAAAGACACGAGGUAAGACGCAGCAUAAGAUGUAUAACAAGAACACUAACCCCAAUAGGUGA